AUGCCAAUCCCAACAGAAUCCAGCCUCCGGCUCUUGUCUACUCCUCUGUUUCAAUCGAAGGGAUAUGAGGCUCCAAGUUAUGAAUCCCUGGAACGUUCUUACUAUCGAGCUAGAGCUAUAGGCAGGCAUCAUGCGCUCACGAUUGACGACAUCCUCUCUCUCACCCCCAAGUUCUGGCAAUCCCACAUGGAUGCUAUAAUCAUCCGGGAUAUCGUGGCUCACAUUCUUUUUUCAAUUCAAUAUAAUUUAGUUGCUGGCACGAUUGCCCCUUAUGCCCUGAAGAGGCGGGACUUACGACCUGUGAUGGAGAAAAUUCUGAACUUUGAUGUUUCAUUUAUGCCCCCAUCAAUGCCCAUCGCAGGCAUCCCUCGCAUUGCCGUUGUUUUCGCACGUCUCAUGGUUGGAGAUGACGAUAGAGGGAUUCGGCCCUUUAUGGUUGGACUUGGGGAUGGUAAGAAAAUGUGUAAAGGGGUGACAACAACAUUACUCCCUCCCAUCGCCUGUGGGCGAACGCUCGACCACUCUAUCACUUCGUUCAACCAAGUCCACCUCCCAUCAACGGCCAUGCUAGGCAGUCCCAGAAAACCAGAUGACAUGCGAUCACAGUUCCUGAUGGCCAUCAACCGUCUAGGGUUUGGAACACUGGCUUUGAGCCUGUCAACAAUACCCGGCCUGAAAGGUGCAGUGCUCAUUGCGGGCAAGUACAGCCUCCGUCGAAUGGUUCAUGGUCCUGAAGGAUCUCCGAAGCCGAUCAUCUCCUUCCGUACUCAGCAGUUGCCCAUCAUGCAUGCCCUAGCUGAGAGUGCAGUUAUGGAACCGUUUGCGAACUGGAUCACAGCUAAAUUUAGUGAUACCUCACUUGACUUUUCUGUCAGACAUGGGUUAGCAGUUAUCUUCAAGGGAGCCGUGCUGCAAUACACCCAGAAGAGUUUUGCAAAUCUCGUUGAGCGAUGUGGUGCUCAGGGUGUGUUUAUUCAUAACCAGCUGGUGGAGAUGGAGGCUCUAAAUCGAUGCAACGGUAUCGCAGAAGGAGAAAUUCUGGUUCUUUGCAUUCGUCUGGCCACUGAAAUCCUCCUCGGUCGAUACCAGAUCCCCACCGCAACCAAGCCAAAUUCAUUGAUAGCCAAGCAUGAGGAAGGCUACAUUGCAGAACUGCAGAAGCUCCUGGGGAGUAUCCAAGAAGGACACAGAAGCGAGGCGUACAACAGUCGCAUGCUUCCUCAUUGUCGGUCCAUAAUCCUGGCGAUAGGGCAUCGCAUGGCAUACGAGGCUGCGGUUGAUACCGGAGUUGAUCCCGAUCUGCUUGCUCUCUACGAAGCCGGUGUGGUCAAGACUGACUCUAGUUGGUACGUUGAGAAUCUGGGACUUUCUCGGGCAGAUCAAUUUGAAAUGGAAUGCAAGGCAGCUGAUGCUCUCGUGCCGCGGGUGGGUGAGCUUUUGGAUAGCCUGGAUACGAUGGAGCCUUAUAUUACGGCUCCGAUACUUUCCACGAAGAGAUGGGAGACGUUCGUUGCUGGCUGCGAGACUGUCGAGGGAGAUGCGUCGUUUGAGAUCGUUGAUAGGGAAGAUAUGUGGGCCAAACUUUGA